CAUCAUUGCUUUCUUGACAAAUGUAUAGUAGAUUGACUGCAUGGUUAGGAAGGCAGCAAUGGUUAAGUAGAAAAGCUUAUUUGGGUCAAAAACGAAAGGUAAACUUGUCUGCCAUCCUUCAACCUCUAACCGUGAGUCACUCGUCGUUGAAUCUAAAGGAAGAGAGAGCACUGCAACAGAUUAUAGAACCGAAGAGGGUCUCUCCUCAUCUUUUGAGGAAAAUAGUUAUGGAUAUAUAUUUGCACGGAAAAAAUCCUUCUGAAAGGAUCCUGUUUGCUGCUAUCGGGGUCGCGACGCGAUGGCGUCUGAUGCAAGAACUUUCCCUCUAUUACGAAUUAUCCAGAAACGUUGGCUUGAGACCAGGUCCACCGUUUUAUGCCUCGUGCAUAACGGUUUGUGCCUGUAGAAGAGAUUUGAAUACAGCUUUGCGUUUGUUUCACGAAGUAAAGCAAGAAUCUAUAGAACCUGAUCUUAAGCUGUACAACGCGCUCAUCUUUGCCAGUGCUGCCGUAGGUGAUGCGGAAAAGGUAAAAGAAUUUGUUGCGCUGCUUCAGUCGGACGGUCUACAGUUGGAUGAGACUACUUAUGCGUUACUGAUGGAAUGUUGUCGCUUGAGAGGGGAAUAUGAAGAGGCUUUGAAGAUCUUCGAAAGCAUGGUUGUGAGUCCAAACUACAAAGCUUUCAAUGUUGCCUUUAGUGUUUGCAAUGAAAUGAACAACUAUGAGCUAGCAAUGAAGUACUUCGAGUCCUUUGAGCGUCACAAUUUGUAUUCUUCGGAACUUUCUCAUUCGUCACUUAUUGAAGUCUGCUUAAAGAAUGAACGUUUUGAUGAAGCAAUGGGGUUUUUUGAUCUUUCACACCGAAAGCGACACUAUGUGAUGGAAAGUACAUAUGGCAUUGCACUAUUAAGUUUGUUGCAAUGUCCAAAUCGAAGAUAUUCAGAUGUCGCACGCAUUUUGAAACGAAAACCUGCCUAUCGUUGCAUUCCAUUGGUUUAUUACAAAGACAUUAUCGACUUGACUAGUCAUUGUCCCGAUGUAAAGCUGAGAUCCAAAAUAAUUGAAUGUUAUAAGCAAGAUGUUGCUCAUCUUCAGGAAAUUGACCGAUAUGUAAAGGAACUGACAGAGAUGGGCUCUGUCGGACCACGUAUGUUUGCCAUUCAAUAUAAAGGAUAUAAACCUAACGGUAUUUGUAGCCAGCGAACUAAGAAGUCUGGUUGCAUUUUGUUUCUUGAAGAACAUGUCCGUUCCUCCACCGAAUCCAACCUAUUUCUUAGGUCAUCUCUUCAAGGAAAAUUCGCUUAAAGGGCAGUAGCAAGGCUUUUUUUG